AUGAAACUAAACACAGAUCGACCUUCAAACCCUAAUUUCCUCAACUUCAAAAUUAAAGCGACUAAUUGGGACAAGCAAGUUUUCACCUUUUUAAUCAGUUACUAUAAAACCUUCCUCAAAUUCAAAUUGGUUGGAUUCUCCUUUACCCAUUCACUCAUUUUAGGGUUUCAGGUUGAAGGGUUUGAAGACUUUUUCAAGAUGUUGGCGAGUCAUCCUGAGAAAACAAUAUCGUUCAAUCGAUCGAUUCGUUAUGGCGAUCUGGUUAUUGUUUACGAGAGGCAUGACAUUAUGAAGGCUGUAACAGUGUCUGAGGGUUCGGUUUUGCAGAAUCGUUUUGGUGUUUUUAAACAUUCAGAUUGGAUUGGAAAGCCUUUUGGGGGUAAAGUAUUCAGUAAGGGUGGUUUUGUUUACUUGUUGGCUCCGACACCAGAAUUAUGGACUUUGGUGUUGAGUCACCGGACUCAAAUUCUCUAUAUUGCGGAUAUUAGUUUGGUUGUCAUGAACUUGGAGAUUGUUCCGGGUUGCUUGGUUCUUGAAUGUGGAACUGGAAGUGGGUCUUUAACUACUUCACUUGCGAGAGCAGUUGCACCUAGAGGACAUGUCUAUACGUUUGAUUUUCAUGAACAAAGGGCUGCGUUGGCUAGGGAUGAUUUUGAGAGAACGGGUAUAAGUAGCUUAGUCAGUGUGGGAGUUAGGGACAUUCAGGGUAAGGGAUUUCCUGAUGAAUUUAUUGGCAAGGCCGACUCUGUAUUUUUGGAUCUACCUCAACCUUGGUUGGCCAUUCCUUCAGCUGCAAAAAUGCUUAAACCAGAUUGCACACUGUGCUCAUUCUCUCCGUGUGUUGAACAAGUACAACGAUCGUGUGAUGCACUUCAGUCCUGCUUCACAGGUAUAAGGACAUUUGAGAUACUCUUACGCCAAUAUGAAGUUCGAGAAGAGAAAAGGGAAAGCUUUCAUGGAGAUGACAAUGGUUCUAAUGGUUCUCUUUCUCGCAAGAGGAGACAGUGUUCAGAUGGAAACUAUGCUCUCAGCAAUUCUACUUCUUCUGUCAUGGCUAGACCUUGUGGUGAAGCUCGAGGUCACACGGGCUAUUUGACAUUUGCAAGACUUAAAUGCUUUUUAUGA